GCGGCGGCCGCUGCUGACAACAAGAUGGCGGCUGCGGGGCCGGUGGGCCCCGAGAGCCGGGUGCUGGGUUACACUUUGCAUCGCUGGAGCAGCUUCUCCUCUACCUAUCUGCCCGAGAACAUUCUGGUGGACAAGCCCAAUGAUCAGUCCUCGAGGUGGUCUUCUGAAAGCAAUUAUCCUCCCCAGUAUUUGAUUCUGAAACUUGAAAGACCUGCCAUAGUUCAGAGUAUCACAUUUGGCAAAUAUGAAAAAACACAUGUCUGCAAUUUAAAGAAGUUUAAAGUCUUCGGUGGGAUGAAUGAGGAAAACAUGACAGAUCUCUUAUCCAGUGGCUUAAAGAAUGAUUAUAACAAAGAAACAUUCACCUUGAAGCAUAAAAUUGAUGAGCAGAUGUUCCCCUGUCGAUUCAUUAAGAUAGUUCCACUGUUAUCCUGGGGACCUAGCUUCAAUUUUAGUAUCUGGUAUGUUGAACUUAAUGGCAUUGAUGAUCCAGAUGUGGUCCAACCGUGCCUCAACUGGUACAGCAAGUACCGUGAACAGGAAGCCAUUCGCCUUUGCUUAAAGCAUUUUCGUCAGCACAACUACACUGAAGCUUUUGAGUCGCUGCAGAAGAAAACCAGGAUUGCUCUGGAGCAUCCUAUGUUGACAGACCUGCAUGACAAACUAGUGUUGAAGGGAGACUUCGAUUCUUGUGAAGAACUGAUAGAAAAAGCUGUGAAUGAUGGCUUAUUCAAUCAGUAUAUCAGUCAACAAGAAUACAAACCUCGCUGGGGACAGAUUAUCCCCAAAAGCUCCAAAGGUGAUGGGGAAGACAGCCGACCAGGGAUGAGAGGAGGCCAUCAGAUGGUUAUAGAUGUUCAAACAGAAACUGUUUACUUGUUUGGUGGCUGGGAUGGAACUCAAGACCUGGCUGACUUCUGGGCAUACAGUGUGAAGGAGAACCAGUGGACUUGUAUAUCCAGAGAUACUGAGAAAGAGAAUGGUCCCAGUGCCAGAUCUUGUCACAAGAUGUGCAUUGAUAUUCAACGAAGACAGAUCUACACGCUGGGUCGCUACCUGGAUUCCUCUGUGAGGAACAGCAAAUCUCUGAAAAGUGACUUCUAUCGCUACGACAUUGAUACAAAUACAUGGAUGCUACUGAGUGAAGACACUGCAGCUGAUGGGGGUCCAAAGUUGGUGUUCGAUCAUCAGAUGUGCAUGGAUUCUGAAAAACACAUGAUAUAUACCUUUGGAGGCAGAAUUUUGACCUGUAAUGGCAGUGUUGACGACAGCAGAGCCAGCGAACCACAGUUCAGCGGAUUGUUUGCUUUUGACUGCCAAUGUCAGACAUGGAAACUUCUGAGAGAGGAUUCCUGUAAUGCUGGACCUGAGGAUAUCCAGUCCCGCAUAGGACACUGUAUGUUAUUCCAUUCUAAAAAUCGCUGCUUAUACGUGUUUGGUGGCCAGAGAUCAAAAACUUACUUGAAUGAUUUCUUCAGCUACGAUGUAGACAGCGACCAUGUGGAUAUCAUAUCAGAUGGUACUAAGAAAGAUUCAGGGAUGGUUCCAAUGACAGGAUUCACUCAAAGGGCUACCAUUGAUCCAGAACUGAAUGAAAUCCAUGUCUUGUCCGGGCUCAGUAAAGAUAAGGAGAAGCGGGAAGAGAAUGUAAGGAAUUCUUUCUGGAUUUAUGACAUCGUGAGGAACAGCUGGUCUUGUGUCUAUAAAAAUGACCAAGCAGCCAAAGAAAAUCCAGGUAAAAGUCUUCAGGAAGAAGAGCCCUGCCCAAGAUUUGCCCAUCAACUGGUUUAUGAUGAGUUGCACAAGGUUCAUUAUUUAUUUGGAGGAAAUCCUGGCAAGUCCUGCUCUCCAAAGAUGAGAUUAGAUGAUUUCUGGUCUCUGAAGCUCUGUCGACCUUCAAAGGAAUACCUGCUAAGACACUGCAAAUACCUCAUAAGGAAGCACAGGUUUGAAGAGAAAGCUCAGACUGAUCCUCUUAGCGCACUGAAGUAUCUACAGAAUGACUUGUAUGUAACUGUGGAUCACUCAGACCCUGAGGAGACAAAAGAGUUUCAGCUUCUUGCCUCAGCAUUAUUUAAGUCUGGCUCGGAUUUCACCACUCUUGGAUUUUCAGAUGUUGAUCACACUUACGCGCAGAGAACUCAGCUGUUUGACACAUUAGUCAACUUCUUUCCGGACAACAUGACCCCUCCUAAAGGCAACCUGGUAGACCUCAUCACGCUGUAACAGAGCGAUCACUGGACACGUGGAAGAGGGGAAAAGCAUCCAUUUUCAGUAUUUUAAUUUUUUUUUUACUGCAUCGAUUGACUGCUGGGAUGAAGUAAUAUAGUAACCCCUAGGUGUUUGAAAGGGGUUUUAUACUUGUAUGGUGAAUCCCUGAAGCUUUUCCCUUGGAGUAGGUUAAUAAAAAUGUAACUGACAUACUUCUGACUAAAUAUAUAUAUAUUUUUUCUGACAUUGAAUUUUGAUUUAGCAAAUGUAAGGAGAAAAGAGAGGGGAGGAGAAGAAAAUAAAACCCCAUCGUGCAGUGAUCGCUUUUCCCUCUAGAGGAAAAUUGAAAUUUGUGGGCUGUCUGGAAUUAAAGAUGAUAGGUUUUAUUUUGGAUUUCAUGGGAAAAGGGGUGGUGGUUCUUUGCUCAUUUGUAGCUAGUCAUGAUGUAUUGCUUUGUCCUACAAGUCCAUCCUCAGCAGCUGAAUAACUUGGCAGCAAGGCACUGGCGUGUGUUGAGGUAAUAGUAAUAUAUGUGUCUUGAGUCUUGUAAUCGCAGGGUGUCAUGUGAAGGGAGCAUGUGUUACAAAUUGUCUGUCUUCUCUUUUGAGAACCUGACUGGCAGCAGUGUCUGAUUGCAUUUGAUAUCUAGUCUAAACCUAAAUGCCUAACUUCCGUUCUCUGGAGUCUUCCACUUAGACCUGACAGUCAUGGGGGAGCCUCAGAGAAACUGUCAGAAAACGGGAGUGCAGGGGUUGUCUGCACGGGCUCCUUUUCAGGGAUUGCUCUGUUUCCAGUGCCAUGCUCUCCUGAUGAAAAACUCUGCAGGUCCUCACAGCGCUCUGCAGGACUGGGUCUUCCACUCACACACCCAACCUCUGCAACCUGACUCCAGGUUGGGUAUAGGAUUUCCGAAGCAGAUUGUCUUCGUUUACAUACACCUAUGCUUCUGUGUGCAUUUGUCAGUGUGUAAAUGUAAAGAGGUUUGCUCCAAACAGCUUGUCUUCUGUUUGUGUAGUGCAGUUUCUUUACUUUUAAAUGCAUUUUAGACCUUACUCUGAAUGUGAAGGAGGCCUUUUUAGCAUAAACUCCUUUAAAAAGCAAGCUGAUGCAUAUGUAUAGAAAAUAUAUUCUUCUUUGCUGAAAGUCUUCUUUUAAAUAAGGUAAGGGCUUGGUGCUGCACUAUGAAGUGGAAUGAAGGAUACUCAUACUGAGCAUUAGCAGCUUUUUUGCGUUCAGUGUCAGUAAGCAUUCAAUACAAAACUGGCUGUUGUAAAUCAUAUAUGAACUGCAAAGCUUUAUGUCCAGAAAUGUUCGUGCCAGCAGGGUACCAUUGCUGCACUCACUGCGGCUACACAGCUCCUGUUGAACUUGAUGGAAGUCCUGUGUGUGUGUGUGCAAAGAUGAUUUGAGCUCUUGAAAUAAAGAGUUAGUGAAGUGUC